AUGGGUGAUGCUUCUGUGAAUAGCGGAGAUGCUCCAUCUCUGGACACUCCAUGUAACAAUGCUAUCGUUAAUUCAGGGGUUGUUUUGGAGGAAAAACAAGAGAUGCAGUCUACUAUACCUGCGCCAGUGAAGGUGCGAAGUCUUGCUGCUGGACAAGUUGAUCGUGUUGUGGCUUCUGCCUUGCCAAAUGGUAUGCAUAUAUCGAAGGACGCUCGUGUGGCUCUUCAAAAAUCAGCGGCUGUGUUUCUGAUGUACAUUGCCUGUCUCGCUGAGGAUUCACGGUCUCGUGUGAAUGUCAAGCGUGUAACACUUUCUUCGCAAGAUAUAAGAACAGCUUUGGUUGAUGCGGGAAUGUCACAUCUUGUUCCGUUGCUUUCUACAGGCAAUUUGAAGCGCGCACGUCACGUUGACGAUCACUCUUCCUUGUAG